GCUCUUGCCCUUUGCCUGCUUCCUGUGUGAGACUGAGUAACGACUAGAUCCUUGGACUUCUAUUCACCACUGCUGCGACUGAACCAUUGUUGGGAAUUGGGCUGCAGACUGUCUUUCAGCGGAAUCGGGAUCAUGGCGACCACGACCAGGAUGGCGACGUCUGGCUCGGCGCGGAAGCGGCUGCUCAAAGAGGACGGCAUGACCAAAGUGGAGUUCGAGACCAGCGAGGAGGUGGACGCGACCCCCACGUUCGACACCAUGGGCCUGCGAGAGGACCUGCUGCGCGGCAUCUACGCCUACGGUUUUGAAAAACCUUCAGCGAUCCAGCAGCGUGCUAUCAAGCAGAUAAUGAAAGGGAGAGAUGUCAUCGCACAGUCUCAGUCUGGCACAGGCAAGACGGCCACCUUCAGUAUCUCAGUGCUCCAGUGCUUGGAUAUCCAGGUUCGAGAAACCCAAGCUUUGAUCCUGGCUCCAACCAGAGAGUUAGCGGUGCAGAUUCAGAAGGGUCUGCUCGCUCUGGGAGAUUACAUGAACGUGCAGUGCCAUGCCUGCGUUGGGGGCACCAAUGUCGGGGAGGACAUCCGGAAGCUGGACUACGGGCAGCAUGUGGUGGCAGGCACGCCGGGACGCGUCUUUGAUAUGAUCCGCCGGAGAAGUUUAACGACACGGGCUAUCAAGAUGCUGGUUUUGGAUGAGGCUGAUGAGAUGUUGAACAGAGGUUUCAAGGAGCAGAUCUAUGAUGUGUACAGGUAUUUGCCACCAGCCACACAGGUCGUUCUCGUCAGUGCCACACUGCCUCAUGAGAUCCUGGAGAUGACCAACAAGUUCAUGACCCACCCCAUCCGCAUCCUGGUGAAGCGUGAUGAGUUGACUCUGGAAGGCAUCAAACAGUUCUUUGUGGCCGUGGAAAGAGAGGAAUGGAAGUUUGAUACUCUGUGUGAUCUCUACGACACGCUGACCAUCACCCAGGCCGUCAUCUUCUGCAUCACCAAGAGGAAGGUUGACUGGCUGACAGAGAAAAUGAGAGAAGCCAAUUUCACUGUGUCGUCCAUGCAUGGAGAUAUGCCCCAGAAAGAACGAGAGUCUAUCAUGAAGGAGUUCCGGUCAGGUGCCAGCCGGGUGCUCAUCUCCACAGAUGUCUGGGCUCGAGGCCUGGAUGUCCCUCAGGUGUCCCUCAUCAUUAACUAUGACCUGCCCAACAACAGAGAACUGUACAUUCACAGAAUUGGGAGAUCGGGUCGGUAUGGACGAAAAGGUGUGGCCAUCAAUUUUGUGAAGAAUGAUGACAUCCGGAUUCUCAGGGACAUCGAGCAGUACUACUCCACCCAGAUAGACGAGAUGCCCAUGAACCUGGCUGACCUCAUCUGAAGCUGGUGCUGGUGCACCGAGGCCCUGUUUGGAAACAGAAGCUUCUAUUUAAUGGGGUUGGUUGAUAUGAACUGUCUUCUCGGAGCCCCUCGGGAAGACCCUCAGCCUCCGCCAUCUUUUCUAAUGCACGUGUAAAUGACCCAAUGCUUAAACUUUUACAUUAAAAGUGGACAUUUUCCCAUGGGGGGAAAAUUUUUUUAAAAGG